CCCCGCCUCCCGCCGAUGCCGCAGAGCGCCGCCGGCCCUCCCGCCCCCAGACCGGGGGGCCCUCGGGGGGGCGGGGGGGGCGCCCACCGCGCAGAGGGCCGCAUGGGGCGGGGGAGGCGGCUCCGCAGUCGGCUCCGUCCGUCCGGGCCCUGCGAGGAGGCGGGCCAGGAAGAGGGGGGCGGGAGGAGGCGGAGCAAAGGGCGCGUCACGUCCGGCGGCCCCCGGCCCGCCCCGGCCGCUCGCCCGCCCGCCCGCCCUCCUUCCCUCUCUCCCUCCCUCCCUCCCUCCCUCGCGCCCAGGCAGGCAGGCAGGCAGGCCCGAGGGUGGGUCGCCGCGCCGGUGCCGCCGGGCCGCAGCAGGAGAGUGAUGGCGUCAAGCCAAGAGGAGGAGGGCAGCGUGGACCUCUGUGCCAGCCCCCCUGGCUCGUGCCCCUCCGGCCUUUCCGCAGAACCUGCCGACUUGCCUAUCAGCACAAGUGACCUUUCCAUUCCCCAAAACCAUUGCCUGCCGCUGGCCGCCAUCCACCUCCAUCCAGCAGCCUGUGAGAACUGGGAAGAUGAUCACUUGGAGGUCCAAGAAAGGGAUCCGUGGUUGCCAGAGAGUGAUUCCUCCCUGCUGGCUCCCCAGGCGCAGGAGAUCCCUGAAGAGCCUUCACCCGCCCCCGUUGAGGUGCUCUCCCAGCCUCAGGCCUGUCCCUCAAGUGAGGAAUCCUCUUUGCCGAACUCAGACAAUGCAGUGGGAGAGAAAAGGCUCCAGGCAGCUCUGCUGAACCCGCAAGCAGACCCCUCCACGGACCAGGCCGGCGCUGUCCUCAUUUGCUCUGAGGCUGAGCUGGGAUCUUUGAUCUUGCAGCACGGCAGGCGGCAGAACGGGUGCCUGGAUGCGGAAGAUGCUCCCUUGGUGGAAAGCCCUGGGCAGGACUGCUCAUCCCCGAAGUCAUUACAGAACAUUGCUGUGCAGACUGACUUCAAGACGACUGACCUGGAAGUGAACACAGACCAGGAUAUUGAAAAGAACCUGGAUAAGAUGAUGUCUGAGAGGGCUUCGCUGAAGGAGCGCUAUCAGGAAGUCCUGGACAGGCAAAGGCAGGUGGAGAACCAGCUCCAGGUGCAGCUGAAGCAGCUCCAGCAGCGACGGGAGGAAGAGAUGAAGAAUCAUCAGGAGAUUCUGAAGGCCAUUCAGGAUGUGACUGUGAAACGGGAAGAGACCAAGAAGAAGAUGGAGAAGGAGAAAAAGGAGUUCUUGCAAAAGGAGCAGGACCUGAAGGCCGAGAUUGAGAAGCUCUGUGAGAAAGGCAGGAGGUUGCUGAAAGAACAAGAGGAGAAGGAGAACAAGAUCGUUUCCCUCAUUGCUGAGCAGUCCGAGGAGAAGGAGGUCUGGGAGACGGAGCUGGACAAGCUGAAGGACCAGCACCACGAAAUCAGCCAGUCCAUCCUGGAGGAGACAGAGCGGGCGUGGAAAGCAGAGAUCUUGUCUCUGGAGAGCCGCAAGGAGCUGCUGGUCCUGAAGCUGGAGGAGGCUGAGAAGGAAGCGGAGCUGCACCUCACCUACCUCAAAUCAGCCCCGGCCACACGGGAGACCCUCCAGGCACGGCAGGAGUGGGGGAAGCGGCUGAAGAAGACCCGGAUGACCAAGGAGAGUGUGCGGGACCAGUUCAAUGACCACAUCCAGCUCGUGCGGAGCGGGGCCAAGCUGAGCAGCCUUCCCCAGAUCCCCACCCCGCCCCUGCCACCCCCCCCACUGGAGACAGACUUCCUGCUGCCCACCUUCCCGCCCAAUCCCUCGCUGGCCCCUCGGCUGCCCUUCCCCAUGGGCCCCGUGCCCCUGCCCCUGGUCAUGCCCAGUGCAGACCCCCCCGUGCUUUCCUUCCCCCUCCUGACCCCCUCCAUCUCCAGGCCCAGCCAGCCGUCUCCCCCCCUGCCUGCCUCUCAGGGCCGGAACAGCCCCGGCCUCUCCUCUCUGGGCGGCCCCCGCGCAACACUCACAGCCUCGCUCCCUCCGCCACCGGGCCUGGGUGGGGCCAAAGCUGCUGCAGAGUUCCACAGACCCCCACCCGUGGACAAGCUGGACAAGAUCCUGGAGAAACUGUUGACCCGGUUUCCUCAGUGUAAUAAGGCCCAGCUGACUGCCAUCUUGCAGCAGAUCAAGGCAGCUCGUCGCACCCUGGCAGGGCUCACCAUGGAAGAGCUGAGCCAGCUGGUGGCAGCCAAGCUGGCUGAGCAGCAAGAAAGGGGGCCCGUUGGGACAGCCGUCGGUGCCCAGCCACUUGGUCGAAUCCGCUCCUCCAUGUUCCCUGCUCCUCUGCCUCAGAUAAGUGGCCCUGUGUUUCUGCCGCCUGCACAGGUGUCCUAUGCUGGGACGCCCCCACAGGCUCCCAUGGCCUGCAAACUGUGUCUGAUGUGCCAGAAGCUGGUUCAGCCCAGUGACCUCCACCCCAUGGCCUGUGCCCACGUGCUGCAUAAGGAGUGCAUUAAAUUCUGGGCCCAGACAAAUGCAAACGACGCCUGUCCCUUCUGCCCGACCAUGAAAUGACCACUAGUGGACACAGGACGGUGGUGGUGCUCUGUGCCCAGGAGGGGCUGCGAGGAUUUGUACAACUCUAUAUUUAUACAGCCAUGUAUACACAUGUACAUUUUUAUUCUAUAGGGAAUGUGUGUAUAGAAAGUCUGUAUACAUACUAGUUCAUAAUUAAAGUGUGUAUAUUAUGCAGAA